AGAGAGCCACCUCCACACGGUUCAUCGCCAGAAAGGAGCAACGCCUCUCCCCCAAAUUCAGGAGCUAGCUUAGCCAUCGAUCGACAAGCAAGCGUGCUAGUGCCACACGCUUACGCUUUGUUGGUUCUUGCUCGAUCGUCGUCGUCGGCCGAUCGAUCGACCAUGGUGGUGUGGAGGGAGAGCUACCUGGACCUCAUCCUGAUCCCGCUGGGGCUGCUCCUCCCGGCGCUGUACCACGCCUGGCUGUGGCGGGCCGUGCGGCGCCGCCCGCUCACCACGGCCUUCGGGGUCUACUCGGCGGCACGCAGGCUGUGGGCGGCCGGCAUGAUGCGAGACCACGACGACAAGAAGGGGG